AUGUUUGGGGUAUGGGGGUGGGGGAUUAUGGAAUGGGGUGAGUUGGGAUGGAUUGGGGGGGUGGUGGGUGGUGGUGUGGAGGGUAAGAAGGGGGGUGUGGGGUUUAUUUGUGGGAUGGGGGGGGAUGGGGGGGGGGUUUUGUUUUUUGGUGGAUAUGUUGGUGGGGUGGGUGGUGUUUUGUUGGUGGUUGAGGGGGGAAUGGGUAGUGGGGGUGUGGGGGGGGGUGGUUUUGGUUGGUAUGGGGGGGUGGUGGGGGUUGGGGGUGGUGGGGGGGUGGGGGGUUAUGUGGGGGGGUUGGGGUUUUGGGGGGGGAGUGGGGGGGGGGGGGGGGGGGGUUGGGUUUGGGGGGUGGGGAGGUGGGGGGGUGGUUUUGGUGUGUAUAGUGGGGAUGAGGGGGGGAGAUGGUUUGGGAAGGGGGUGGAUGUUGUGUUGGAGUAG